AUGAAAGACAUAACUAAUCAAAACUAUCAUAAUCAUUACUAUGCAAACGAUAUUGCAAAAAAUUUAACAUUUGAACCAAUCAAACAGAAACCAAACCAGAGAAUAACACAACCAAUUUACAAAGAAUUCAAACAUAACAACUCAGUUAGCCUCGAUGAUCCAGUAAAAACUAUACUUGCAAAAUCGCAAGCCAAAAUUUCAGCUUAUGAAUUAAAGAUCUAUGAAGAACAAAAUAAUAAGUCAAGACGAAAUUCAGUAGAAGGAAAUCAAGUAGAACCAGUAGUUGAAAAGAGCACACCUGUAAAGAAGAAGAAAAAUAGAGGUGAAGAUAAAUUGGCUUGUCAUGCUGAUAAUAUUUUACGUAUGGCUAUUGAUUCCACAAUACUUGGUAGUCUUAAUUCAUUCACCAUGACUGAAAUAUAUUCAGAUGAUGAUUUAGAGAAUAGUAUAAUUGCAAAGAGGAAAGGUAAUUUGAAAUUCGAUAUAAAUGCAGAAGAAUUAAAUGCAGCUAUAAAUGAUAAAAUCUAA